GGCGGGGCUAUGGAGAGGAGGAGGAAGAUGGCGGGAGGGCGGCUCUGAGGAGACCUCGGCGGCGGCGGAGGAGGAGAGAAGCGCAGCGCCGCGCCGCGCCAGGGCCCAUGUGGGGAGGAGUCCGAAUCGCUGUUGCCGCCGCCGCCGUCGCUGCCGCCUCCUGUAACUGCUGGACACGAGUGGAAGUGAGGGGGAAACGUCAGGAUGAAGUUCGCUGAGCACCUCUCCGCGCACAUCACUCCCGAGUGGAGGAAGCAAUACAUCCAGUAUGAGGCUUUCAAGGAUAUGCUGUAUUCAGCUCAGGACCAGGCACCUUCUGUGGAAGUUACUGAUGAGGACACGGUAAAGAGGUAUUUUGCCAAGUUUGAAGAAAAAUUUUUCCAAACCUGUGAAAAGGAACUUGCCAAAAUCAACACAUUUUAUUCAGAAAAGCUCGCAGAGGCUCAGCGCAGGUUUGCUACUCUUCAGAAUGAGCUGCAGUCCUCACUGGAUGCUCAGAAAGAAAGCACGGGUGUUACCACGCUGCGGCAGCGCCGAAAGCCAGUCUUCCACCUGUCGCAUGAGGAACGUGUCCAACAUAGGAAUAUUAAAGACCUUAAACUGGCCUUCAGCGAGUUCUACCUCAGUCUUAUCCUGCUGCAGAACUAUCAGAAUUUGAAUUUUACAGGGUUUCGUAAAAUCCUUAAAAAGCAUGACAAGAUCCUGGAAACAUCUCGUGGAGCAGAUUGGCGAGUGGCUCAUGUAGAAGUGGCCCCAUUUUAUACAUGCAAGAAAAUCAACCAGCUCAUCUCUGAAACUGAGGCUGUAGUGACCAAUGAACUUGAAGAUGGUGACAGACAAAAAGCUAUGAAACGUUUACGUGUUCCCCCUUUGGGAGCUGCUCAGCCUGCACCAGCAUGGACUACUUUUAGAGUUGGCCUAUUUUGUGGCAUAUUCAUUGUACUGAAUGUUACCCUUGUACUUGCCGCUGUAUUUAAACUUGAAACAAAUAGAAGUGUAUGGCCCUUGAUAAGAAUCUAUCGGGGUGGCUUUCUUCUGAUUGAGUUCCUUUUCCUACUGGGCAUCAACACGUAUGGUUGGAGACAGGCUGGAGUAAAUCAUGUGCUCAUCUUUGAACUGAAUCCGAGAAGCAAUUUGUCUCAUCAGCAUCUUUUUGAGAUUGCUGGAUUCCUUGGGAUAUUGUGGUGCCUGAGCCUUCUGGCAUGCUUCUUUGCUCCAAUUAGUGUCAUCCCUACAUAUGUGUAUCCACUUGUCCUUUAUGGAUUUAUGGUUUUCUUUCUUAUCAACCCCACCAAAACUUUCUAUUAUAAAUCCCGUUUUUGGCUGCUUAAACUGCUGUUUCGAGUAUUUACAGCCCCCUUCCAUAAGGUAGGCUUUGCGGAUUUCUGGCUGGCCGAUCAGCUGAACAGCCUGUCAGUGAUACUGAUGGACCUGGAAUAUAUGAUCUGCUUCUACAGUUUUGAGCUCAAAUGGGAGCAAAGUGGGGGCCUGUUGCCAAAUAAUUCAGAAGUCAUCACAGAACCAGAAAUUUGCCACAAAUAUUCAUAUGGUGUGCGGGCUAUUGUUCAGUGCAUUCCUGCUUGGCUUCGCUUCAUCCAGUGCCUGCGCAGAUACCGAGACACGAGAAGGGCCUUUCCUCAUUUAGUUAAUGCUGGGAAGUACUCUACAACUUUCUUCAUGGUGACAUUUGCAGCCCUGCACAGCACUCACAAAGAACGAGAGCACUCAGACACCAGGGUAUUCUUUUACCUGUGGAUUGUCUUUUGUAUCAUCAGUUCCUGUUAUACCCUUAUCUGGGAUCUGAAGAUGGACUGGGGUCUCUUUGAUAAGAACGCAGGAGAAAACACCUUCCUCCGGGAAGAGAUUGUAUACCCCCAAAAAGCCUAUUACUACUGUGCCAUCAUAGAGGAUGUGAUACUGCGCUUUGCUUGGACUAUUCAAAUGUCAGUUACCUACACGACUGCGUUGCCUCAUUCUGGGGACAUCAUUGCUACUGUCUUGGCUCCCCUUGAGGUUUUCCGGCGAUUUGUGUGGAACUUCUUCCGCCUGGAGAAUGAACAUCUGAAUAACUGUGGUGAAUUCCGAGCUGUGCGGGACAUCUCUGUGGCGCCUCUGAACGCAGAUGAUCAGACACUCCUGGAGCAGAUGAUGGACCAGGAUGACGGGGUACGAAACCGCCAGAAGAACCGGCCUUGGAAGUACAGCCAGAGCAUAUCCCUGCGCCGACCUCGCCUCGCUUCUCAAUCCAAGACUCGUGACACUAAGGUAUUGAUAGAAGACACAGAUGAUGAAGCCAACACUUGAAUCCCCUGAAGUCUAGAUUAGCAUCCUUGGUUUUCGUACUCUACAAUUCUUUCCUCGACCAGCGCAACCUCUAGUAUCUUUCCAGCCGAAAACAAGAGAAGACACAUAACACAUUUUCCGAGCUCUUCCAGAUCGGAUCCUAUGGACUCCAAACAAGCUCACUGUGUUUCUUUUCUUUUAUUCUGGUUUAAUUUUGAUUUUCUAUUUUUAAAACAAAUAUUUACUUCAUUUUGCCAAUCAGAGGACAUUUUAAGGAACAAAAACAUAGUAUCUUAUGGAUUGUUUACAAUCACAAGGACACAGAUACCUAUCAGGAUGACGAACAGGCGUUGCAAGGACCCUCUGAUGGGAUGGUACUGAGAUACUGUGGCUUCCACUUGGCCUGAUUUUGACUGGUUGAAACCGGAUAUUGGUUUUUAAAAUUUUUGUCAGUCUGUGUGGAGAAUUUUUUCCUUUUCUUCAUCAUACCCAGCGCAAAAGCACUGGCUGCACUUGCAGGGAAAGUGCAACUUAGAGCAGUACCUUCAUUCACGAAGCUACUUUUUAAUUUGAUGUAACUUUUCUUAUUUUGGGAAGGGUUGCUGGGUGGGCGGGAAAUAUGAUGUAUUUGUUACAUAUCAUUUUCUCAUUAUUUAUGAAACUUAACCAUAAAAGAAUGAUAUAACUCCUGUGCAAUGAGGUGAUACAGUGAAAGAAGACAGGGGAAACUAAUGUUGGACAGCGUUUCUGAGAAUUUAGGCCACAAUACCUCUUUCAUGAGACAACUUGUACCAGUUUGACUUUUCUUUUUAAUUUUAAGCCAAAGUUUCAUUACUAAUUUUUUAAGUUGCUGCUGCUUUAGAAUUCUGAGCAUGUCUCAUAACAAACCAUCCAUACACCUUCAUGGUUUAAAUUUAUUUAAGAGGUGUGAUACCUUUUUUUUUUUAAGGGACAGGCAUGGAAUACAUUUACCCAUAUUCCAACCAUAAUAACUAAAGUUAUGCCUUACUAAGCUUCAGCAUGUAGGAUAAUUGAAUAAUAUAACCUUUACUAACUCUAAAUUAGAAGACAAGGCUACUUGAGAGAUUCUCUACACCCUCAUUGGAUAGUUUUUCUUCUGGGCUCACUUAACAUUAGCCAGAAUUUGAUCAAAUUAAGUCUGUCUUGGGGAAACCAUAUUUUUGAGAGCAUAGAACAAAUUAUCCUUCCUCUUUUAUGUUACACAAAUAAAACAGACCUUGGCUGCCAUUUCUCCCAGCAGUUUUAAAGAACGAACAUUAGAUGUCAUGCCCUCCUGUGAUAGGAAACCUGCUUUUAAAAUGUUUUGGGACUAAGCUUGGUCAUACACAAAAAGUAUAUUUCUUAGACAUUUCAGACUAUCAUGGUCUGUACACAAUGCCCAUUUUCACUACUUUGUUUAAUUUCUUUCCUAUGUUCAUAACUCAUCCAGAUAAGCUCAAAAACUGUAAAGGAUUUUACUUCCUUGAAUGUGGUUGGCAUUAAAUUUAGCAUUUCAUUAUCUAACAAAAUUAAUAUAAAUACAGGAAAAAGUAAAAUACGUUUUAAUCCUCCCUUCCCCCUAGAUCCAGAUGAAGGUUCCAAAGUCAACGUCAGUAGGUUUUUGAAAUUAAAUUACUCCUGUCAUUUUCAGCUUAAUUUUAGACAAAAGAACAAAUUAAGUGGAAGGACAGCUAUUACUUACUUAGUCUUAAAAACAUAUGACUGUUGCUCCUUAAUAUACUCCUUUUAUCAUCAACUCUUCUCCCAUGCAUUACAAAUAUUUCACUCAUUCGUCAUAAUUUUAGUAGAUUAAAGUUACUCUUAUUACCAAAAUUCUAUCUAUUAAUUGACAAGUAGUUUCUUUUUAUAGGAGUUUCUUCCAUCUUUAUUCUGACACACUUCCAAAAUUUGUUCCAUUUGUGAAUCAAGAUUUUUUUUUAAUUGUACAACUUUGUGGCUUUUCUUGCUUUUUUGUGUUUUGCCAAGCAUGUUCCUUGUUCCAAAAUUGAAGAGGAAAAGCUUAAUUACUGGUUUGUUUGCUUGUUUUUUUAGUUUAAGUGAAUUGAAUCAUAAUAAUCAGUGGUAACAAUUUAGUGCCCCUCAAUAGAUUAAAGGUUGCAUUAUUUGUACUUGGGAUUGUUUUUUCUAAUUAUUGUUUUUGUACUUUAAAACUAUGGGAGAAAUAUCACUGGUCUGUCAAGAAAUAGCAGUAAUUAUUAUUGAGUUAUAUGGAGAAGUCCAGUGGACCAAUCAUUUCUUAUACAAAUAAAAUUGGUGAUACUAAUGUGUAUCCAGAACAAUUUGAAUUAUCAGUUUCAUUUUCUAUUAGUAAACCUAUAUAAUGACACACAUAAAAUCUUACAGUUGACUUCUGAUAUUUGAACUCCCCAGUAUUUUUACUUCUGUGUGUCCUAUGGCCAAUUUGGUCUUUCUUCAACUGUUAUGAUUCUAGGCCCUAAUCAGUAUUAUUGUUUCAUAGAUGAUACAAUGUUAGAAUGUAUUCCUUUCCUGACGUGUUUGUCCUAUUAGCAUAGUCUAUUAGGAUGAUAGGCUUAUGGAACUCAUGACAGAUGCUUAAAUAUGUAUUUAAAUACACACACAACUUUAUGUUCCUCCUAAAGCUGUAAAGAGAAAAGAGGGCUUUUCCUCAUCAAGAGGAAACAGUUUGGGAGACCGAAUAUACACUUAAAUUGUUUCUUCCAAAAAGGCAAUGAGCAUUUUUCUCUCCUAAAUUUUAUAUGUCCUAGCGUUGCGAGUGCUAUGUCCUACAUAAAAUUUUAUUGGAGACUCCUGUGCACUGAAAUUCUCAAUAGAACUCUUAGGAAAUGAAUAUCACAAAGUCAUUUGAAAGGAGCAGCAAUCUAACCAAAGGUAAAACUUCAUCUCAUUUUAGGUUUAGAAAUUCUGGUUUUAUUUGAGAAUCACACAAUUUAAUAUAUCAAUUAAAAUCCUCCCCAAAGGAAUGAAAAGGGAAUAUAAAUAAAAGAAUAAAGUUCAUUUUUCAUUUUCUGAUAGUAUGGAAAGCACUAAUAUAUGAUGAGUAUAGAGAAACUAGAAGACAAAAGUGGCUUAUUUUCCAUGCACAAAUAUGUGCCUAUAUUUAAGACUGCCCCUACCAUUAAAAUUGGAUAAUGGAUCAUUUUAUGUCAAACAGAAAGACAACAAAAUAAUUAAAAAUUAAGUCAUGAUUAAUUAGGUUAUAAUGGUCAUUUUUAAGAUUGGAAAGAAGUUAAAAACCCAUUACAACUUUCUUUUCCAGCAGCUACCAUUUUUCUCCUUAAGAAAGCUGCUUAACUUCAGAUUCAGAAGCAAUGAUGUGAGAGGAGAAUGCCAGUCACCUCAGCAGUAACCAUAUGGACCCUUAAAGAAGGAAAAUGGGGGCCAGCCCCUAGGAUCCAUGACUUCCCAAUAUUCUCAACGUGAGGGUUCUGAGAAUUUAACUGAGAUUUUACUAGACAUAAAAUCCACCAUGGUUUGACCGAAGUACUUUCAUGAUAACUAGAGAAAGCAGUUCAUCCUUUCUUAACAGGUAAACUAAUGCAAAUUAACAAUAGAAGAAAGUAAUAUAUUACUGAGUUGUACAGGCAUUAGAUUAACAAGACAUUUAGCCGAGGAGAAAUAAAAUAAUUGUGGUGAUAGCAGAGAAGAGCAAGAGGAUGCUGGACCUUAGCAGCAGAAACAGGGCCGUUAGGAAAGUCUGAGAGCUCCGUAGCAUGGAGGUGAUGGCUUGCUGUCUCUCCUUGCAGUGGUUAUGUUGCUGCCUUUCUUUUUUGUCAUUUUUCUCCAUUUUCAUCAUUCAGGAAAUAGUUCUUUAUGCCCAAAUGCAAUUUUCUAAAUAAUGACUAGAAAAAUUUCAUAGUCUAAGGAAAAUAAUUUAGAAAAUAACCCUAUCCAUGGCAUUAUUUUAUUCAAAAACAGAAUUCUCUGAAGUGAUAGAACAUUUUUUGGUAAACCUAUUUCAGAUUAUUAUUGUUUUCUUGAAUAGUUUGCACAAAAUUUGCCUUUCUCAAAAAAUAAAUGCUUCUUGCUAUAUAACAUUUAAAUUUUUAAAAUUAAGAUAGCUUCUCAGAUUUGAAAACAAUCAUGUUGAAUUUAUGGCUUUCUCAACCACAAAAUCACCAUACUUUUCCCAAAUCAAAUAAAAAAGCCAGUGUCACCACAGGUAAAAUCUGUAGACACUAGGUUAAGGCAAUAAAAGUUCUGGUAGAACUUUGGAAAAAAAAUAGGUAAAAAAAAAAAUCAAAUUUAGUUCAUUUCCUUUUCUUGAUGCAUCUAAAUUUUAUAUCUUGUGAUGAUUAGCUGAAACAAGGAGAGUUAAAGUCAGAUUUUAUAAAUUAAAUAUACCUUUCUGCAUUUGAGGUAUCAGUCUUGAUAGUAAGUUUAAAAAAUAACUUUCUGCGUUGAAUUUCAAUCUAUACAAUGUCAGCGCACAGUGGUAAUGUGGGAUAGUUGGUUAUAUUGGAGCAUAAGAAACUUGUGCUGGCCAGUGCUACAAUCCAAUAAUUUAACCAGCAUUAAACCACACUUCACUCACCAAAUAUAAAGAAGUAAAAGCAUCUAAUUAGAUUUGGAAGAGGUUAAUUUAAGUGAUAUGAGAAGUUUGCCUGGGAAUGGAGAGGAAUCUGCUGAUUGUUAUGGCUCAUAAUGCCUUUCCUGUAUGAACUGGCAGACCUCUGAUACUGAGUUGCCCCUUAAAAACAACCUUCCAGAAUGUAUUUGCUUACUUACGGUGGAAGAAGAAGUGAGAGGGACAAGAUGAGAGUUUCCCCUGACGUGAAGAGAAUCACUAUACUAAUUUUCAUCUAAGGUAUGUUUCCUUAUAGCAGACCUUUGGUUUAUUUUAUUAUUAAAUCACAGCCACCUUCAGUUUUUCUAUGGUGCCAGCACCCUAAGGAGGACAAUCAAAUAACCAGUUGUUUGCCUUGGAGUCAGUGUGUCUGCUAUUUACACAGUCUCAUAUACCUUCCAAUUAGUUGCUUGAUUAAACCUCCAUCUUACCUUAGUUCUUUUUAUGCUCUUUCCUCUGUACCACCAUCAGUCAGAGGGAAGACUUUCUACCAGAAAGAUGUGGACUUCUAAGAGCCAGGAUUCCUUCUCACUAUGCCUUUAUCAUAAUCUGAAGUUCCUACUCACACUUCCUGAUGGUCCUGUUUGCAACACCAGCAUGGUGGGAAUAGGCUGAAAGAUGGCGGGGAAUCCCAAAAGAGGAAUCCAUCAUGACAUUGUUAUUCUUUUGAACUGUAAAGUAAAGCUGUGAGCUGCUCAUGUCUGCAAAAAGAGCAGAACUCUUUAAGCUCUGUCACAUUGUGAAGAUUAAUUUCUUGCUAUUUUCCAGAGUAGCACAGAAGCUUGUGUCAAUGAAGAAUAUGUAGGAGGGGAAUAGGGUGUAAAAUGUAUCUGUUUUUCAAACCCUCUCCCUCAAUUCCUUCACCCCCUACCACAUUGUGUUGGCCAAAUGAUACUAUUCUAUGAAACCCUGAGCUAUAGUUGUCGAAGUAACUAUGGAAUGUGAUUAGUCCUCUGUGGGUGCUUUUUUCCCUCUUUUUUCACCCUUGCUUCCUUACUCUCUCCACUCUGGUAAAUGGAAAAGAUGACGUCAAAAAAAUGAUGCUUGCUUGGACUCAUGUUGUAUCUGUGACUAUGCUAUUAGCUGUCUCCUUUUUCCUUCUUAUAUGGGUAGAAUUCUUAUGAAAUGUGGAGUUCCCUUCUUGAUAAGUAGGUUAAAUGCACAAUGUGGUACUGUUUUAUAGUUUCUAGAUGGUUGUAUAAAGCAAAAAGUUAAUGUGGUUAUGUGUUUUUAAAGAAAAUAAGUGAUUGGUUACAAAACUCUGUCCUUUUUUCAUUAUUACAAGCUCUCUCUCUUUUCCAACAGCUUGCUGACUCCUUUGUCACUGGCGAAUGGUUUGUGUGAUUGUUUUUCUCUCUGGGUUUCUUGGAUUCCUGAACAUGACUCCUCUUAGGACUAACUUGUAUAAGGGUUUAGAGCAAACAAACCAAGGGUGAAAAUUUUUUUAACUCUUUCACUAAAUUAAAUAAUAAUUUCCAAUGGCCUUUUUUCUUUAGGUAAUAUAUGAAGUAUGGUUCUAAAGCAGUGGGAUUGAUGCAACAAGGCAUUUUUUGUUUUUGUUUUACUCACACAAAGAAUUUCAAGUGCUAGGUGAAAUAAUAUAUUCAGUUAUAUUUUGGAGAGCUGGAACCGGUUAUCACUACGUAUCCAUGCCCUCCCUGUGUGGAAACACCGAACUCGCUGAAGAAUUCCUAAUUAGUUACCACUCCUUACAUCUGUCUGUCUAGGAAAAAUCAUAACAUUAACUGAACCUAAGAUGAAUAUACUUGAAAUCCAAAGACAAAACAUUUUAUUGACCAAAGCACAGAAGCCUUUUUAUUUUAAUACCACAAGCUUUAUGGCUAUAUUUCUGUAUAGGCUAUACCAAAAUAUAAUGUGGAGUUUCCAGAUUAAAUUCAAGAUAAGUUGUGAAUAUAUAUGCAUCACUAGAUACUCAGUAUCCCUUCCUGUAACCUGAUGAUAAUACAUGCUCAGCAUUUGUAUGCCUAUAGUAUUUUACACUUUCCAAAUAUGUAGCAUCUCAGAUACGUGGGUUAACAAGUCUAUUCAAUCAGUAAGUGACUAGACAAACAUCUAGACCAGCUGAGUGUACAAUCCCAAAUGAUUCGCUCUGUUUAUCCAUUUAGACACGUUCAGAAUCUUGGGCUGUGUUUAGUGAUCUAUACCUUUAUAUGGACAAUUUUGAUUAGAUCUUUUUUCUAAGUUUAUGAGAAUAAUAAUGACCAAUUUUAUACUUCCUGAUUCACUUCUUUUUCUAGUUUCCCACAUCUUCCUAAGGGAAUUAAGGAGUUCUGAAGUUUCAAAAAUUAAUUUAGUAUGUAUUUAUUGAGUUCCUAUCAUUAUAGUUUUAUGAAGACAAGCAGGGAGAGGUGAUAAAAUUAUUUCUAAACUACUUAUCUAAAACCACGGCCUAAACCCACAGACUGUCUUGUUACUCGGUAUCCACCCCAGGGUAAGCUGAAUUUUCUCUCUCAAGGUAGAGAUUCCUCUUCACCUCUUCCCAGGCGGAUAUUAUU